AAUAUACCGAAUACACCGAAUACACCCUACCCUCCGACUACCCCUCUUCCUUCAGGUUACGCCAACCCUACCGUCCUCCACAGCCCCCACCCCGCGUCUACCCCUACCCCUCGUCUACCCCCUCUUCCCUUAGGUUAACCAGCUAUACCGUUUUCCCCAUCUCUAUCAUCCCGCAAAAACGGUAUAGUCACUGAUAUACCCCUAUACUACUAAUGAAUCAGCUCGCCGUCCUCUCCACCGGCCUCAUCUUUGCCCUCUAUGGCAUGAGCAUCACCGUCUUCCAGCUGAAUGCCGCACAGGAAAUCAUCUUCAAAUCCUACGGCCGCCAUUUCCAGUUCUUGACCAUCCAGGCGCUGCUCAUCUCGACCCUGUCGCUGCUCGCGGGAAUCAUCAGCUUCCUCUCGACCAACGGGCGCCUGCGACGACUCCGGAUUUCGCUGUUGGCACUGGCUUUCCCGCUAUCGUCGUUCGUGACGCUUUCCUACUACAUCCUUUUGUUCCUGGACCCCCGAUUGCUUCGGACGCCCAAUGUGCCGGCCCCGCCGAUUACCCUGGACCUGUCGCAGCACCUCCUGGUGACGAUCGUGCUGCUCGCCGACUUUGCCUUCUUUGCCAAGAGCUUUCGCUUCAGCUACCUCCAUAUUAUCCAGAUCUUUGCCUUCACUGCUGCGUAUACGGUCUGGAUCCACAUCUGCCACCAUCGAAACGGGUUCUGGGCGUAUCCGAUACUCGGCAAGUUCAAUUUGCAGCAGCGCAUCGUCGCCUGUGCUCUGGCCGGAUGCACUCUGGUCGUCGUGUACUCGCUCGGCACUUUUCUCCACCGACUCGCUCACACAUCGACCCCCAAGAGCAAGCGGGUCUAGAAACCGCUCUCCAGCCCAUCACCAUCGCCCACCUCAUUCUGUAUGCCGAUAACCGCCAAGCUGGGGGAGGAGAACUGGCACUGGCACUGGCCCAGAGCAGCCCUUCCCGAGACGAAGCAAAGAUAAGAACCGAAAAUGAACUGAACUGAACUGAACUGAACUGAACUGAAAUGAACCGCAAUGGAGCGAGUUGAAAUAAAGCCACCCGAGCUUAACAUCCGA